AUGGCUAGUAAUGAGAAACAAAUCAAAACAAGAGGAAUACUCUCUAAGCAUGGCUGUUUAAAUGUAGCUGUGACAGGGAAGUCGGGAGCGGGGAAAUCCAGUUUCAUUAACGCAAUUCGUGGCCUGAAGCUUGGGCAACAGGGAGCUGCCAAUACUGACGUUAAGGAAUGUACAAAAGGUAUCCAAUCUUACCAGAUACAAGACAACGCACAUAUUGUGUUUUGGGAUUUACCGGGUCUAGGCACUGAAACUUUCAAACAAGAAAACUACAUCGAUCAGGUCAAUCUUUUCGAAUACGAUUUCUUCCUCAUAAUAGGCAGCGAACGACUGACCGAAAACGAUAUAUGGCUGGCCAAAACAUUACAAAAUCACAAAAAGAAGUUCUAUUAUGUUCGGACGAAAGUUCAUAUUGAUAUAAUAACUGAAGUAUGGAGCCGACUGACUCCUCGUAGUAAGGACCACAUUUUAACUACAAUAAAAAAUGACUGUCAUGUAAAUCUUCGACAGCAUGUUGUAUCAGAGGAUGACAUAUACCUUAUUGACAACUUUAUGCCGGAGCAGUACGAUUUUAAUCGGCUUAGAACAAAACUGUUAGAGGAUGCAUUACAGUUUAAGAAGACAUACAUUACUUCAGAAUACGAACAAAAGGAAACACUCAUCCGUCACAGAAAGAAAGUACUCUUGGAGGAUUAA